AUGGCGCACGUCGAGGACAUCAAGGUCCCCGUCGAGGCCAAUGCCGAGCCUCUCAGCGCUCAAAAGGCCAUCAUCCAGGAAGCCCAGGCGGCCGCAGAGGUCGAGCAGGAGCUGGGCCUGUGGAAGUCGAUCAAGCUCUAUCCCAAGGCGAUCUGUUGGUCGGUGCUGCUGUCGACCGCCAUCAUCAUGGAAGGAUAUGAUUUGCUGUUGAUGGGUUCUUUCUACGCCUUGCCCCCUUUCCAACAGCGAUACGGCAAACAGCUGGCAAACGGCGAGUUCCAAAUCCCCGCUCCGUGGCAGUCGGGCCUGUCCAACGGGGCCACCGUCGGCUCCAUCUUUGGCCUGAUGCUGAACGGAUACGUCUCGGAGCGGUUUGGGUUUCGAAAGACGAUGCUCGGCGCCCUGGCCCUGAUCUGCUGCCUGAUCUUCAUCCCCUUUUUCGCCCCGAGUCUCGAGGUGCUUCUGGUCGGGCAGAUUCUGAUGGGCAUACCCUGGGGCAUUUUCCAGACUCUUCCCACCGCGUAUGCGGCAGAGGUCACGCCAACUCACCUGCGAGCCUAUCUCACCACAUAUGUCAAUCUCUGCUGGGUCUUUGGCCAGCUUCUCGCGUCUGGAGUGCUGCGCGCUCUGCUCACGCGCGAUGAUCAGUGGGCGUAUCGAAUCCCUUUUGCCCUGCAAUGGGUCUGGCCGAUCCCCCUCAUCGUCGGCAUCUCCAUGGCCCCCGAAUCCCCCUGGUGGCUGGUCCGACAGAACCGUCUGGGGGACGCCAAAGCCGCCCUCGCCCGGCUCACCUCCCACAACGCCGCCGGCUCCGUCGACCUCGACAAAGCGGUGACACUGAUGGUGUAUACCACCGAGCAUGAGAAGGAGCUGGGCACGGGCACCUCGUACUUGGACUGCUUCCGGGGCGUCGAUCUGCGCAGGACGAUUGUCGCGUGUGGGUGUUGGUUGAUCCAAACGCUGUCGGGAGCGAGUUUCCGCACGUACUCGACGUACUUUUACAAACAAGCCGGCCUCCCCACCGACCAAGCCUUCAACAUGUCCAUCGGACAGUACGCGCUGGGCAUCGUCGGCGUCUUGAUGGCGUGGUUCCUCCUGCCCCGCGCGGGCCGCCGGACCAUCUACCUGCUCGGGCUGGCGUGCAUGAUGACGCUGCUGAUCGUCAUCGGGAUCCUGGGCGCCGUGUCCAACCCGCCGACCACGGGCGUCGCGUGGAGCGUCGGCUCGUUGUUGCUCGUCUACACCUUCUUCUACGACGUCUCGGUCGGCCCCGUGUGUUAUAGUCUGGUGUCGGAGAUCCCUUCGGUGCGGCUGCGCAGCAAGUCCAUCGUGCUGGCCCGCGCGUCGUACAACUGUCUGAAUAUCGUGACGGGGGUGAUUACGCCGUACAUGCUGAAUCCGGGGGCGUGGAAUUGGGGCGCCAAAACCGGCUUCUUCUACGGCGGCACCUGCGUCCUCAGCGUGCUCUUCACGUACUUUUGCAUCCCCGAACCAAAGGGCCGCACGUUCGCCGAGCUCGACAUCCUCUUCCACAAGAAGACGCCCGCGCGCAUGUUUGCAAAGACGCACGUGACUCUGUUUGAGACGACCGCCUUGGAUGGCCAGGCGGGCUUGGAGAAGGAGUGA